AUAGCUGCUUGAGCAGGAAGUCUGCAGAUGUGUUCAUAGAAUCAUGUUCAUAAAGAAACUGUGGAGUUGAUGCCUGGUGCCCUGGUGUUUGCCUGCUGUGAGAUGCAGAGAACCUAAGAAAAGCAGAGAUCACAUCUCAGCAUGCCUAAGACUGUGGUUUGUUUGGUUGAUUCUGUAGCAUGGCUCUCCCUGCCCAGUAGCCUCUGCUGAUUUCUGCUGUCAUGAAAUAUGAGCCUGGAGCUUUUACAGAGAGGAAGCCAAUCUUUGAUGCCUUAGUGCAACCUGUUAUCUUUAUUGACACUGCAAAAGACCUUGAGAUUAAUUUCUUAGUGUGUUCCUGGAUGAAGUAAAAAAAAGUUCUUUUUUUUUUUUUUGAACCAUGGGAGUGCUUUCUGUCCAGUUAAGGAUCAGCUGGCACUAGCUGUCUGCAGUGAAGACUUACUCCUUCUAACACAAUCUGCUGCUGCUUAUACCCAGAACUUUUUCGCUCUGGUUUUAGUUGGCAAAAUUACCACUGGCUGCAGUGAAAACUGGCCUAACACUGGUUUCCCAGCUUGGAUUGUGAUGACUCUGUCACUUACCAGAUGACAUUAAGAGGUGACUUGAAGGACUCAUUUCCAGCAGUUCUUUUUCAUCAUUGACAUCUGGGAAAUUUACAGAGCUGUGAGUGUGAUGCAUCCCUAUGGAUUUGGCAAGUCUAAUUCUGCUUUGCUUUGUGCUUAUGGAAGCCAGGAGUGAAUCCCAAGGAAAACAAAUUUAUGAAGGAGACUGGACUACUGAAGCUUUGGUGUGAGGAUGCUGCUGUCAUGUGGGGCUGCAGUUCAGGCCCCUCUGCUCAGCAUGUGGGAGUCCUUUGAAGUGGUCAUUCAGGAAAUCAGAGUUCCUGAUUUCUCUUUGGACAGGUGUCAGCACAGUUCCAGUGGAAAAAGACCACAUGGAAGAAAUGAUAACAAGGUGCAUAGUGGAAGUUCUAUCCAAUGCUCUGUCUAAGCCAAAUGCCCCACCAAUUAAUCCUGAAUGCAAAGAAAUCCUCAAGAAGGGUGGUAAAACUGAUAGAGAGAGAAGUGAAGACAAACAGCUUGAAGUGAGGCAUUUGAAAGAGCCAUCGGAGUUUGAAAACCCACACUCUGAAAGUGUGGAGAGGGAACAGAAUCAGGCAGAAGGUGACUCUGAAAAGCGCGUGAAAGGAAGUGAUGAAGAGAAGCUUCAUCCUGGGGAAGGUAACAGCAAGGAAGAUGAGGAGGGACAGCACAUACCUGUUCGUGAAGAGAAACUUCAUACAGAAGAAAAAAACCUCUAUCAGGAAAUCAGAAGAGAGGAGAACAGCUACCACAGUGAAGAAGAAAGCAAAGAGAGCAAGCAAAGUGAUGGAGAAGUAGACCACGCUGUUCUCAACAAGAAGUCCCACUCUGCAGGCGUGAGCACAGAGGAGGUUGCUGAGGAGAAUGAUCAUCCCCCCAUGGAUCACUGGCAUUCAGAGGAGGGAAUGCAAAGCCCUUACAAAAGAAUUCAUGAAGGUGAGGAAGAAGAGGCAGAGGAAGAAAGAAGUGAAAAAUACCACCUGAGUGAGUCUAAGGGACGUGAUUUCUCCCAACGUAAUGAGCAUGAAGAAUCUGAUGAGAAUGAAGAAGUGGAGGAAGAAAAAAAGUCCUACAAACCAAAACGGUAUCAUGGGAAACACAGAAUGGGUGAUUCCUCUGAAGAGAAUAGAGGCCAUGGGGGUGAGAAAGAGGAACUAGCUGAGGAAUCAAACGUAGAGGAGUCUCAUCUCUGGGACAAAAAGAACAACCAUCAGAAACACCACCAUGAAGAAUCUGAGCAGCAGCAUGAAGAGAAGAGUGGUUAUCGUGGGAGGCAUGGGUCUGAAGGUAUGGAGGAGAAGAGGCGUGUGGGCCAGGGAAGUGUGGAGUACAGAGAGAGGUGGCAGCAGAAGGAAGAGAAGAGCCAAGAGGAAAAUAAGAGGCAUCAUAACAGUGAAGAAAGUAAUGAGAAAUGGCACGAGGAGCGGAGACACCGUUCUGAGGGAAGGGCGUAUCGUGGUGAUGAAAGUGAGGAAGAGCUGGACAGGUUUCACAGUGACAGCAGCAAGGAGAAGCAGCAUCAUGGUGGAGGAAGGCACCGCUUGAGGGACGAUGAAGGUGAAGGGACACUGAAAGAAUACACUCAAGAGCACAAAGGGCAGGCCAGAACACACCACAGCACUGAGGACAACGUAGAGCAGCAGCACUACCCUGGUAACAGUGAUGAGGAGGAAGAGGAAGUAGAAAAGAAACAUUACAGCAGUGAUCAGAUAGAAAAUGAAGAGGAGAAUAUGGAGCAAGGAUAUGCAGAGAAGGAAGAGUACAGAAGCCAUCUCCCUGCAGAGAAUGAGAAGAGAACCACAGCACCCUACAGCCCUCUAUACCCACUUCUGUGGUGGAAGAGUCGGCACUUUGAGAAAAGGAACAGCGCAGGAGAGAGGCUUCCGGAGAGUAAAGAGGAAAGCAGGCCCACCUUGAGUGAGAAGAAUCUUUUCCCUGAAUACAGCGACUAUGACUGGUGGGAUAAAAAGCAGCUCCUGAGCGCUCUGAACCGUGGGCGCUCUGAGAAGAGGAAUCUUAGCAAAAGGAACAGAUAUGAUAUGAAAAGGCAAUACGACAAGAUGGAUCAACUGGCACAGCUUCUGAAUUACAGGAAGAAAUCGGCUGAAUUCCUGGAAUUGUACAAUUCUGGAGAAGACAUGAAGAAACGUCACGUAAUCAGGAAUGACAAAGGAACUCUGAGCCAGAGGCCUCUGACAGAGGAGGAGGCAAAAGAGCUGGAAAACCUGGCUGCUAUGGAUUUGGAGCUGCAGAAAAUAGCUGAGACAUUUAAUGACAACAGGAGAGGCUGAAGAUGAUCUGCUUUGGUGUUUCAAAGCUAGGUGUAGCUGUACUCACAAUACCUGUAUUUUGUGGUAAAUUCACUGCCACUGGAUAGUUGUUUGCCCUAAAAACAAGAAAUACUAUUUACUGUCCACUAUAGUGUAGUGAUUUAUAAAGCUGGAAAUGUCUUUAAUUUGCUAUUUUGCUAUUGAAAUUUGAAUAGUGUGAAUUUUAAUAUUAUAACGUUUCAUGCAAGGCAGAUAUUUUUAAUAUUGCUUGUGGAAAUAAUUGUGUUAGUGUUCUUCAGAAAUAUAUGUCUGAGUUUGAAAUAAUAAAAAUCAUUGAUUUUGGAGCAAACUUCCUCCUUGCUUAUUUGGCUCGCUGGGUUAUUUCUGCCUAAGCUCUAUGAGGUGAAUAGGUUGUGUGCAGAAUGUUCACUAUUAUUUUUAAAAUUUACAGGGAGUCUGCCCAUUCUUUUUAUUCGCCAGCUAGGAGGAGCAUGAAAGACUUUCUGCUGUGACAGUGCUUUUGUAUCAGUUGCUUGUGUAACACCAGAUGCAAGAGGUGCUAUACAGAGAAUUCAGCUGAGCAACAUUAUCAGUAAAUGUGCAGUCUCUCUCCUCCUACCUUAACCCAUUUAAUCCACCUGCUCACUAAAACACAGACAUGCUCUCCAUUUAGUGGUAAGGUGAAAAUGCAGUGAAAUGCAGUGAAAAUAUUUGGUGAGAUGCUGAUCUGUGAACUGUCUGAGCAUGUCUGUGCCUAGGGAUUUUGGUAAGUGCUCUCAAAUGUUUAAUUUUGUUUUGUUAAGAUAUAGGAAGACUGCAACCUUAGAGAAGGUGGUAGUUUUGACUUCAUAGUUUGACUUCAGUAGGACACUGAUUUCACGAGGUAUUUCCAACAACAGUAAGGAAAGUUAGAAUGUGUCCCAGCUGCAGAAAUACUUUGUUGUUUUCAAUAUCCAAGACUCUCUUAAAAAAUUUACAGUACAGUAAAUACAGUAAAUUUUGCAAUUUUUUUUUUUUUU